CAUGGUGUCCUGGCUUAUGCCACGUACUGCCCUACACGAUGUACUGCUCUGGGUGGCAUCCUGCCCUGCACAGUGUCCUGCCCUACACAGUGACGUGGCCAUGUCAUGAUACCUGCUGUCCCAGGACCAGGGAGCCCGGCAAAGCGCGGAGGCACCUUUCUGGCUCCGGUGGCCCCAGCUCCACUGCGGGGACUAAUUGAAGAAGAGCAGUAUUUUAACACAGCCACUGGCCAAAGGUGGUCUCGGUCACUUUUCAGCUGCCCCUGGGACUCCGGUGAUACUUGCUCUGAGAUUUAGGUCUGUUGGGUCUCAUCCUGCCCUGGCAGCUGUGCCUGGGGGCUGCGGUCACCCUGGGCUGCAGCACACAGCCCCCGCUCCCCUGGCAGGAGCGGCAGCAUCCCUGGCAGGCUUUUCUUCUCCUUUCUUCCCUGCAGCACAGCGAAUGGCUGAGCUGCGGGUGACAGCGGUGCUGCCUCACAGGCAGGCUGUCCCCAUGCCAAGGCAGGACCCCAUGGGAGGCAUUGCCAUGGCACAAGUUCAAGUUAUUUGGCUGUUCAAGUUUUGACUCUAAGUGGGAAACGCAACAUGUAACGUCAGAGCCAUCUUCCUUGCUCAAGCCACACAUUGCAGCGCAAGGAUGAGUUGUGGCAGCCUUGUGCCCUGCUGUCAUCUCCACAGGCAGCAUGGGGCUGGCCCACAGCAAACCCAACUCUUCUUCAUCCUCUGUGAGACCUGGCAGCCCCAGGCCAGUCCCAUCUCACACAUUGUGACCGUGGCUUUGAGCACAACCACAGAGCAAAGGGAAAAGGCAACAGCACUUUGCCAGGGCGAGGAAGCUGGAGGUGGGAUGUUUGUCACCUUUUAACAUCUUUCACUUCAGUUUGGGGGAGCCCCAUGGGCAUGGCCAGAUGUGGCUGAUGCUGUGGCAGCCCUCUUGGGUCCCAGAGACACCCCCGGUCCUUGCUGCGCACACCUGAGCCUCCCUUCUCUCCAUGUCCCCCGGAGCCCAUGGGGACCCAGCAUCACUGACGAAACCUGUGUUCCUCUGGUCAUGGACAUGCUGCAGAAGAUGCUCACCACCAUCUGCUCCCUGAAAACCACCAUCGAGGGCUUCCAGGAGGAGCUGCAGCUCCUGAAGGACAAUUUCCAGAAGCCCCUGCAGAUGCAGAACCCCCCGAUGCCUCUGUUUCAGGCUGGUCUGGAGGAGGUGCAAGAGCAGUCGGUGCAGCAGAACGAGCACAGCCACCUCCUGCAGAGCAUCCUGGAUCAACUGGCAGAGGUGCGUCGGGAGCUGCACUGGAGCUCUCUCUAUGGGGUCCCUGCUGGCGAGAAGCUCUCCUGCCAGGACAUUGGUCCCAAGGCCUCGCAGGAGCUGGCCCACAAAGCUCCAUGCAGGCUGAGCUGGCUGCUGGAGCAGCAUAGGACCAUGGGGACCUAUGUCAGCCACCACGAGAGCCAGCUCCAGCAGCACGACGACUUGGGGACCUUGGAGGACAUGGCUGCCCAACUGGAGAAGAUGCCAGGCGAGAUGAGGCACCCGCAGGAUGAAGGAGAGAAGAUGCCCAGCUGCCCAGGCUUUGGGGGGGGGGGGGCUGCCCAAGGGCCCCCACUUGACGGGGAUGCACUGGGGCAUCUCUCAGGAUGUCCUUGCUAG